CCCCGUCUCGCCGCCUCGCGCGCCGCCGCCGUGCCGCUGCGCAGCGUCGCCGCCGCGGCGGCCUCGAGCAGCCGCCUCUGCGCCGCGGCGCCCGCCUCGCGCGCCCUUCACGUCGCCCGCCGCGCGCCGCGCAUGGCCGCCGCCGCGCCGCAGCCGCCGCGCCGCCGCCUCGCCACCGAGGCGCCGCUCAGCGGCACGUACACCUCGCUCACCGCCGAGCACAUUCCCGAGCUUGCCGCGCUGCUCGCCACGCCCGCCACCUCGCUGCUCACCACGCUCGCGCCGGCGCGCGAGUGCGGCGUCACGCCCGUCGACGCCGCCGAGCUCGUGGCGUACAACCACGACUGGAUGAACAAGUACCGCGGCCGCUCGGCGUGCGUGGUGAAGCCCAAGAGCACGGCGGAGGUGGCCGCCGUCGUCAAGUACUGCGCGCAGCAGCGCAUUGCCGUCGUGCCGCAGGGCGGCAACACGGGCCUCGUGGGCGGCGGCGUGCCCGUGUAUGACGAGGUCGUCAUCAGUCUGGCGAACCUCAACAAGAUCCGCAGCUUCGAUGCCAUCAGCGGCACCCUCGUGGCCGAUGCGGGCUGCAUCCUCGAGGUGCUCGACAACCACGUGGCCGAGAAGGGCUACAUGAUGCCGCUCGACCUGGGCGCCAAGGGCUCGUGCCACAUCGGCGGCAACGUCGCCACCAACGCCGGCGGCCUGCGCUUCCUGCGCUACGGCUCGCUGCACGGCAACGUCCUCGGCCUCGAGGUUGUCCUGCCCGACGGCCGCGUGCUGGAUGGCCUGAGCACACUGCGCAAGGACAACACCGGCUUCGACUUGAAGCAGCUCUUCAUCGGCAGUGAGGGCACCAUUGGGCUGAUUACGGGCGUGUCCAUCAUCACGCCGCGUCGGCCGUCGGCGUUCAACGUGGCCGUCUUCGGGCUGCCGUCCUUCGAGGCGAUCCAGACGCUCUUCCCGCGCGUCAAGGCGCAUCUUGGCGAGGUGCUGUCGGCGUUUGAGUUUUUCGAUGCGGCGUCGAUGACGCUUGUGCAGGGCCAUGCGUCGCAACAAGUGCGCGAUCCGUUCGAGGCCAAGCAUCCCUUCUACGUGCUCAUUGAGACGGGCGGCUCAAACAAGGAGCACGACGACGCCAAGCUGUCCUCACUGCUGGAGGAUCUGAUGGAGAACUCGUUGAUCUCCGACGGCGUGCUUGCGGAGAACGAGACGCAGAUUGCGGGCCUGUGGACGCUGCGCGAGGCCAUUCCCGAGGCGGCCAACCGCGCGGGCGCCGUGUACAAGUACGACCUGAGCAUGCCCGUCGACAAGAUGAACGAGCUGGUCGAGGUGCUGCGGGCACGCUUUGAGGAGAAGGGCCUGCUGGGCGAGGGCAAGAUGUUCAGCACCGUCGUGGGAUACGGCCACAUUGGCGAUGGCAACGUGCACAUCAACGUCGUCGCCGACAAGUUCACGCCGGAAGCCGAAGCGCAGCUCGAGCCCUUCAUCUACGAGUGGGUCUCUGAAGUUUCCGGCUCCAUUUCGGCAGAGCAUGGCCUGGGCCGCAUGAAGGGCGAGAAGAUCGGCUACAGCAAGAGCGACGUGAGCGUGGAGCUGAUGCAGAGCAUCAAGAAGAUGCUGGAUCCGCACCGCAUCAUGAACCCGGGCAAGGUGAGUUGGCGCUUGCCCGUUUGCUUGCUGGCUUGUCAGCGCGGAGCAUGGCAAGAAAAGAAAAGUGGCUGUGGGCUGAUCACGGAGUGGCACAUCGCAGUAUCUGCCCGGCGCAUAGUCUGGCCGCAAGGACGCGACGUUCUCGACUCUCUCUCCUGCUGCUGCAUCUCGCCCCGCCUUCACGAUAGCAACGACGAUCCUUGCUUCCACCCGACUAGCGCACACCCGGCAUGAUUACGUCGUUAAGCGGUGUCUGAGAUUGCGCUGCGGUGGGGGGCGUGAGGAGAGGAACGUGGCGCGUAUGUGUGUGCUGCGCGCGCGGAGAGGAAGUAAGGUGACAUAAUGGGACGUGAGGGGGUGGCCGAAGAGAGCGAGUGAGAACGGGGGGAGAAUUCGAGAGACG